UCGCCGCAAUAUUUUUAUUUCAAUUCUCCCAAAUCCCAUCUCGAAGCCGCACCAGCUCUUCCUCUUCCUCUCUUCCUCUUCUCACACUCCCGCCGACUGGCCCAAUGGCCCUUUUGUCGUUCGGCUCCAAUUCAUGCUGUCAGCUCUCGCACGUGUCUGCUGAGGAUUUAUACCUGCCUACGCGGGUCCCCGUGCGCGAACUCCCGCUGUCAAAAACGACGGAGAUCAGGUCGAACGGGAACCAUACCUUACUCUUCGAUCGCUCUACAAACCAGCUUUUCGCUGCCGGCGACAACGCAGCCGGACAGUGCUGUGUUGGUCCAGAGUUUGGAGCCUCAUGUCUGUCUGUGUUUAAAGAAGUGCAGCCUUCGGUGUUUGAUCCGCAGGAAAACUGGAUACCCGAGUACGUGGCUGCGGGCUGGGAAUUCUCAGUCAUCGUCGCAACCCACCGCGAGACGUGCGAGCAAGCGAUCUUCGUCGCCGGCGCAGGCAGCAAAGGCGAGCUUGCGCUCGGGUCUGACAUGCGUUCAGCUCCUGUGCCUGUCCGCGUAGAUGCAGCAGAGCUCCUCGACGGAGGACGAAGGAGGAUCGUCCAGAUCAGCGCCGGGCUCGCGCACGUCGUCGUCUUGCUUGACGAUUUCUCGGUCUGGGGGUGGGGAAGUUGUCGCAAGGGACAGCUGGGCAGCGCGAAUAGUGCGCUCAAGUGCGCGUAUGUUCCCGUGCGCGUCGUCGAUGGCGAGCGCUUGUCGGAUUGGUUUCGGCCUGUGAAAGUCGUCUGCGGCCGCGAGUUCACGGGGCUAAUUGAUGCUGAGGGACGGGUCGUGGUGCUGAUGGACAAUUUGUCUAAGAACAGCGAUCGUCAUGGAAUUGUGCGCGAUGUGCCGCCGGCGAAGCAGGUAGGCUCGGACUGGAAGGACUUUCAAUGCGGAUGGAGUACGCUGCACGUGCUGCUCGGGACAGGCCAGAUUCUGUCGUGGGGAAACAACUCGCACAUGCAGCAUGCACCGGCGGAUGCGCCAGAAGCCGAGCUGAUGGCCUGUGGAAGCGAGCACACGCUGGUUUACAGUCGGCGAGAAGGGGUGUUUGCAUGGGGAUGGGGAGAGCAUGGGAACUGUGGGGACUCGGUCGAUCGCGCGAGCGGGGACGUGAAUGUCGGACGCGCGGCGAAGGUCUACGAGGGAGACGUUGGAUUUUUGGGGGCUGGAUGUGCCACGUCGUGGAUAGGUGUUGGUGUAUGAUAGCAGGAGCUGUGGGUGUCGAGGAGGUCUUAGAUGCGUACCCAGGAUAGUCUGCGCUGUGCAGGGUCGCUGCGUCUGUGUUGUUCUGGAUACUAACACCCGAAAGCAGCGAUCUGAUAUCUUCGAGCCCAUCACUCCUACACAAGCAGAAUAAAACAAACAAUUGAAACAAGAACAAACAAACAAGCAAAAUCCACCUUCUGCCUCCUUCAAAUUCACCCGCGCUCAGCAGCUGAAAGACAAAUCCGCGCAGACACCGCGGAACCAGAAACCACCGCAUUGUGCGCGCGAGGCUCGCGCUCACCCAAAACACUCCUCCGCCGC